GCUCCGCGGGAGCCGGGCUCGCCGGCCGGGGGCGGCAGGCCCCUCGCGGGGCGCUGCUUGUGAGGUGGCUUCCCGCCUGUCUCCUGACAGGCUCGGUCUCGCCGGUCUCUCGGGGUGUGCGGCACCCUGCAGCCACGUUAACACGCACGGGUGCAUCUUGGCAAAAUCACAGUAAAGGUCCAAUGGGUCAAACUAGGAAUGAUGUACUACCAGAAGAUAUAGAACAAAAGAAACAAUUGUUUUUUCCUGGUUGGAAAGUUUCCACACUUGUGGGUUUUUUUUGUUUUUUUUUUUUUUGUUUGUUUUUUUUAAUGAUAGGGCUAGGAAACAGCCGCCGAGGGAUGAAGUCUCCACCUCUUCUCGUAGCUGCACUCCUGGCAUGUAUCAUUGUCUUGGGCUUCAAUUACUGGAUUGCAAGUUCUCGCAGUGUGGAUUUGCAGAAUCGGAUCAUGGAACUGGAAGGCAGAGUCCGCAGAGCAGCAGCAGAGAGAGGUGCGGUUGAGCUAAAGAAGAAUGAAUUCCAAGGAGAGCUAGAGAAGCAGCGAGAGCAGAUUGAUAAAAUCCAAUCCUUGCACAGUUUUCAGAUGGAAAAUGCCAACAGACUACAUCUGGAAGAGAAGGCAACACUGAUGAAUAACAUCACAACAAAUGAGCGAUUGAUCCAGAAUCUACAAGAACACUUGAAAGAGUUACAGACUGAAUAUGGAAAGCUGCAGCUGGAUGUUUACCAGUUUCAGAAGAACCAGACUAACCUUCAGAGGAAGUUCUCAUAUGACCUGUCACAAUGCAUCAACCAGAUGAAAGAAUUAAAAGAACAAUGUGAAGAAAGAAUAAAUGAGCUUACAAAAAAAGGUAGUGAUGUAUCAAAGAUCAAAGAAAACAAAGACUUCUCAGAAGAUUCCAAAAAGAAUCUCCAGGUUAAUGUUCAACUCCCUGCCUUUAAGCAAGUGGAGUUCCAGCAGGCUGGCCUGGAACAGCAGAAAGCUGAUGAAGAUGUACCCAGAGUAGCACCUACAGCAAAAGAGACAAACACUCCUCAGGCUAAAGAAAGAAAAAUUGGUCUUGUUGCCAUCAGAAAACAGGAGCCUAAAGCAGAGGAAGAGGGGCAUUUCAGUGAACUGAAAAACGCCCAGGAUUCACUCAAGGUUUCCGCAGGCACUAAGGAGAUGCCACCUGAGCCAGAGAAAGGACUGAAUGCGUAUGAAAAUGAAAAACAUGUAGCUGGGCUAGAGGCUGUAGAGCCAGCAGCAGAGCAGACUGCCAAUGAGGAGGUGGAGCGGGAGCAGCUCUUAAAUUACGAUGCUCGGCAGGAUGACCUGCACCCUGGAAAGGAUGGCCAACGUGGACAGGAAGCACUGAACCAGGACAAAAAUGUUGACUACAAUUUAGAUGAGAAUGAAGCUGAAUCCGAAACAGACAAGCAAGCAGCGCUUGCAGGAAUUGAAAAUAACUUGCACGUUCAAAACCAUGAAGAGAAUGUGAAGAAUCACUUACUUGAUCAAGUAGAAGAACAAGAGGUUGUGAACAAGGGAGGUUCAUGAUGACUUAGUCACCUCUUCAUAAAAAAUGCAGCAAUGAUGACAACCAAGUGAUCUGAGAAUGUUUCAAUUAUUUUCUCAAGGCUUUAACAAAGACCCAAAUGAAGUAGUUUGUUGUGAAGUUUUAGUACUGUUUCAGUGGCGAAAAUGUUAUCUUACGUCUCUGGAGGCUUGUUUCAAAAGCAGCCUGAUCUCUGUAAUGAAUCUGUCCUUCCUCCUGAUUAUAAAACUGACACUAGUUAGCAGUAACUGUAGUAACUUUGAAGUCAACUACCUUGUACAAUCAUACUGCAAUAACAAUUUGUGUGUAUUGGUUGUAGGUGGAAAAGAGUCUUCUGCUAAGGAUGCAUCUCUCCCUUGACGAAUGCAGUAGGGAGAUCUCCAACCAGCUUUAAGAGGAGCUUAGACUAACUUACCUUAAGAAUAUGUGAAGAAGGAAAUAAAUUAAACUGGCCCAUGCUGCAA